AUGGCGGCACGCGGUGCUUGGAGGGGUAGGAGAGAAGAAUGGCCAAGUGACGCCAGAAGGAGCAUGGACGUCUACGGGUCGCGGCCCUCUUCGCGCAACGCUCGCUCUUGCGGACCCCGCCUUUCGCAUCAGCCCCCACUUGGCCUGACCGCCUAUUCCUUCAAUACAAGAGCCGCAUAUCCGACAGGCACAUCACGGUCAUGUGUUUUCAACUACCAGGCAUCUGAUGCUGAACUAGUCCAAUCAAAUCAUAGUUUUCAAUUUCCCAUGUAG